CGAUCACGUGGCGGCAUGGCGGCCGACGUCGGCGCGCAUCCUCGUCGCGUUCCUGCGCGCCCCCGCGGCCAGCAGCUUCUUUCUGCCGUUUAGUUUCUAUUUUGGUCGGCGUAGGCUGUGGUACGGUAGGUCUGUUCUUUCGCGGUGCUCGGUCCGUUUUGUCCAUGUUUGGUGAGUAAACCCAGAGUGAUGGAAGCGGGAAGUGUCCCGGAGAAAGACGGCGCAGAUGCCUAUCUCUCUCUGUCUGCUCUUCGACUCCUGGUCCCACCCUUACGGCUGCUUUCUGCCGCCAUGUGGCAAGUAGCUCAGCGAAGUGACGUGAUGCAUUAUGGGAAGCUGGAGGAGUUUGUCUCCUUGGUCACGGAGACUGUCCCAGAGCUGCUGAGCUACAGGCAAAGAGCGCAACUCAUUCUUGGUUUGCGAGCGAAGCUGAUUCUGGAGCUGUUCCGUGGCCAGCACCCGCCAGACCUCCAGACCAUCCAGCCCCACCUGGACAGGAUCCGGCCCCCAACCUCACUUUCUAUGUGUACAGAUAGCGCUCAUGCGGAGGUGGAGGAGUCCGGAGCUAGUUUCUGGGAGCUGGUUCAGACGCUUCUGAAAGACCCUGCAGAGAGAGAGCGUUUCUUCCAGGAGGUGUUCCCAGUGGAGUAUGGACCCAAGUAUGACAUGGCCCUGCAAAUCCUGGUGUGGGAGCUCCUCUCCAGGCUGGAGCAGCUCCUCCCAGUACCAGACCUCGAACAGACUGUUUCCUGGCUCAGCACUGCCCCCUCAGUCUUGGAGGAAUGUGUGCAAUCCAUAUCUCAGCCACAGCAACUGAAGACCAUGCUCCAGCACUACAAAUGUUAUGGACACUUUGAGGCAAAUGUGACCAUCCCCACCGUGGAUGACUGCGUGCUCACCUCUCCGCCCUUAGUCAGAGUGGUGUUCGCCGCUAAGCAGAUAGAUCCGGACAUCCAGGCUGAAACGAUGCAUGACUCCAUCAGCUUUUUAAGUCCCACUUCAGUGAGUGAAGAAGUGGAGAUAGAGACUGUGAUGGAGAGCACUGAUUAUGCUGAGGUGGAACUGAGAACCAGUGCCGACCAAGAUGAAAAUGGAGCCGGGGGCGUAGAUACUGGUACGGAAGAGAGGGUAGAAGAUGCAGAUGGUCAGAGUGAGCGAGAUCAAAAUAUCAGUCGGGGAGGAGGAAAUGGAGCAGUUCACUGUCCCCAGAUAAGCUGCGACUUGAGCUCGGGUCCCUUAGAACAGAAGAAAGAGGAAAAAGCCAUGAAAAGUAGCGAGGAGAAGCCUCUGGGGGAGCUGGAAGAGUCGCUAGAGGACAGGAUCAGCACUGAGCCCUCAAGCGAAUCAGCUCUGAAUCAGCAGAUGAAACAGAAAACAGCAGAUGGCACUGUGGAGCUCUCAUCAGUGGUCUUUGCGUGUGCCAUGUGCCCUUUCGUCCACGCCAAGGAAAUGCACCUGCAUCAGCACAUCGAAAGAGAGCACCCAGAGGAAUAUGACAAACUCCUGAGGUCUGAAGACCCUGAAGCCAAGACCCAGGAAGCAGAGAGCCCCCAGGACGUUCAGGGUCCCACACAGACCCGCACAGGGACCUCCAAGUCCCAUACCUGCCCCCAGUGCGGGAAGAGCUUCCGGUCACGCUCAGACCUCGCCCGGCACCAGCAGAUCCACACGGGCGAGCGGCCGUUUCCCUGCGGCCAGUGUGAGAAGAGUUUCAAGAACUCAUGGGACCGAGCGAGGCAUGAGCGCACACACACGGGCGAGCGACCCUUCCAGUGCUCCCAGUGUGGGAAGAGCUUUACACAGCUGGGUUUCCUGAGCCUGCACCGCAAGCGCGCUCACAGGGGUGACUGCCCACACCGCUGCUCACUCUGUGCCAAGGACUUCGCCUCCCCAUCAGAGCUGGCCAGGCAUAAGCAGACGCAUGCCAUCCGGAGGCAGUACCGGUGCUCACAGUGUGAGAAGGGUUACACGCGCUUGUCGGACCUGAAGCGGCACCAGCUGAACCACAGCGGUGAGCGUCCGCACCGCUGUGCAGAGUGCGGCAAGAGCUUCACCCAGCUGUGGAUCCUAGCUAAGCACAAGCGCACCCACACUGGAGAGCGGCCCUUCCGCUGCCCCCACUGCCAGAAGAGCUUCACCCAACUCUCCAUCCUCAUCCGGCACCAGCGCAUCCACACUGGGGAGAGGCCAUACCGCUGCUCCCAGUGUGACAAGACCUUCCUCUCCUCAGGUGAGCUCUCAAAGCACCACAAGUGUCACACGGAAGACCGGCCAUACCUCUGCAGCGAGUGCGGCAAGAGCUUCAAGACGAAGCGCACCCUGAAUGAGCACUGGCGGACACACACCGGCGAGCGGCCCUACUGCUGUUCCCACUGCUCCAAGUGCUUCGCCAAGUCCACCGCCCUGUCCCGGCACCAACUCAUCCACACGGGUCAGAGGCCGUAUGUGUGCUCCCAGUGUGGGAAGACCUUCCUGUCUUCCAGAGAGCUUCUGUUACAUCACCGCUCCCACACGGGAGAGCGGCCCUACAGCUGCCCCCGGUGCGAGAAGAGCUUCAGGUCUUCCUCGGACCUGACCCGGCACCAGCGGAGUCACACGGGGGAGCGUCCGUACGCCUGUGCCCAGUGCAGGAAGACGUUCUCCUGCUCAACCAAGCUGAAAAGACACAUGGAGGUCCACAGUGCGGACAGGUCAUUUCAGUGCUUGGAGUGUGGGGCGGGUUUUAAUCGGCUGUGUCUACUGAAGACACACCAGCGAACUCACAUGGAAAAGAGCUGAGCUGCUGCCCCAGUCUUCAAUUACUCUGUGUGUGUGUGUGUGUGUGUGUGUGUGUGUGUGUGUGUGUGUGUGUGUGUGUGUGUGUGUGUGUGUGUGUGUGUGUGUGUGUGUGUGUGUGUGUGUGUGUGUGUGUGAGUAUAUGUGUAUGUAUGUGUGUAUUUUAAAUAACAGAACACUCUGCCACAUCUGAAAUUUAUUCUAUAUUACAUGAACAUAGUAAACAACUAUAAACAUUGUUAAAUAAAGGUCAUCAGAUUGCACAAAACAA